AUGUGCAAGAUGAUUCGUGGUUGGUUGGGUUGUGUGAGGGAGAAGGAGAAUAUGCUUUUCGGUCCCUCUCCUCUCCGUCUCCUCCCUCCUUUUUUCCUACAAGACAGGUCAAUUGUUUACGGUGUCGUCACGGCUGUCCAUCUUCCGAUUAUUGGUGGACCUGGGAAUUUUGGGCGAAACGGUGUCGCUUUUGUGAACUUAAGGGUUCAAAAGGGUUAUUGGACGCUAAACAAGUAUUUGGGCUCUCAAGAUUUGGAAGACCUACCAGGACAUGCUGAUGUUUUAUCAGAACUUGGGUCAUCAAGAGAUCACCCAAUUGCCUAUCCUGAGUCAGUGUUGGAUAUUGAGGAUGAAGAAGAACAUACACUGUAUGCAGCUUCCUUUGAAGAACUUGCAAGAAGUCAUGUUAAAUAUGACACUGUUAUAUGGGUUUCUAUAUCUUUGUUGCUGGUUUUAGCUUGGGGGAUUGGCAUCAUAAUGUUGCUAUGUUUGCCCAUUAGAAGAUACUUGCUUCAAAAGAAUAUUUCCUCACGCAAACUAUAUGUUACAGCUAAUGAAAUAGUUUACAAGUCUGUUUAUGGAAUCCAUACAUUUAGAGUUGAAAGUAUUGCGCAUGGAAAAGCCGCACCCGUAGAUGAACUACAGGUUCAAGGUGUCACUGAUCCUGGAGUUUUGAGGAAGGUGAUAAUAACAGAAGCUUCAAAGAAUGUACAGGAUUUUGGGAAAGGUUGGAAAUCCACUCCUACUGGUGAAGAGGAGAGUCCUUCUAGAGUGAGAUCAUUGAGUGAGGGACCAGCUAUAUUUAAAUCACCCUCCAAAAGCUGGAAGGAGGAUGGAUGGUGGGUGCAGAUGCGUUACUACAUUCAUCAAAUUGAUGUACCUAAAACUGAGAGAUGCCGCUAUGCUUUGCAGAUGAGAGGUUCACCACGCUAUACAUCAUCACAGCAUAGAAGUUCACCACGCUAUCCUUCGACGGAGCAUCGAGGUUUAAUACAAGGGGAAAUGCUGCUAAAUAAACUCGAAGAAGUCAGUAAAUCAGUAAAGAAACAUGAAAACCCAGCUAAGGGAGAAAGAGAGGAAGAGAGAGAGAUGAAGCUUGACGAAAGAAGGAGAUGGACGUUUUCUGAACAAAGCGCAUGUGGUUUAUAUAGCAGGAGGCAAAGGGUGAAGAAACCCUAA